AGAGUUAUAGUGAAGUGAAAGCACAAACAGUAAACAAGUAGUAAAAAUAAUAAUGAUUGUAACACUACUGUAACAUUGUUGUACAUGUACAGCGUUAUAAUAGAAAAAGGUCGGAUAAGGACACUGGUAAAUGUUGGAUGUGAUGAAGAAGUUGUUGGUGGCUGUGGUGGUCCUGGGUGUGAUGAUCAUGCUGCUUGCAUCGUGGACCCUAUACUCUGAUGGCAGUAACCACAUAGCCAGAGGACUAACUGAUCAUAUCUCCAAGCUAUACCACAGUGCCUCAGAUGUGGGCUACUGGCCAACAACCCAUAUCCAUGGUGGCGGUGUUACAUGCAAUGUCUGUGUACCACCACCUAACAUCAGUGUCAGCUCUGCGCCAUCACUUAAUAAAAAGAACAUCAGCAGUAGAAUUGUCAGUACAGCGCUAGAAAGAUGGCAAAAGCAAGUGUUUAGUACAGACAUGGAUUUGAACACCGAGAACUUCACAAUUGUCAUGCUGACCUAUCGGAGGGAAUCCAUUCUACCCAAGAUAUUACUGCACUAUUGUGAAACACCGCGAUUGGCUAAGAUUGUUGUGAUAUGGAAUGAUGUUGAGCGAGUCAUCCCGCAGGCUAUUCUUAAUCUGAGUAACAUGUGUCGAAUCCCACUCGAGUUUAUACGAGAGAAGGAAAACAAGAUAACCAAUCGAUUCAAGCCGCGGCCACAAAUAAAGACAGACUGUGUAUUCAUUCUGGAUGAUGAUCGAUGGAUUAAUGACUUGUCUGAUCUCACGUUCGCCUUCAACGUUUGGCAGGAGAACAGACAUCGUAUUGUUGGCUUUGAGAAUUGCAUGAGGUCGCACAGCCUCAACUCUCAGGGGCAGUAUACCUAUGACCAGGCAGUACCAGGGAGGGGUGUGUCCAUCAUGAUGACGGCAACAGGUCUCCUGCAUAGGGCCUACCUCGAUAUGUACUUUGACCCCGGUGCCUUGCUGCCAGGGGGCAUGAUGAAGGAUAAGGAUUGGACUAUGUAUUGUGAUGAUAUUCUCAUGAACUGCGUGGUAGGACGUUUCCUGGAGCUGGUCUCGUGGCCGCAGCCUAGUCUAGUGGUUGUCAAGGGGAAGGGAGGACUCAAGAACCUGGAGAGAGAAUCAGCCAAGGCAGGAGGCCACCCUGGACUGCAUGUGAUACAACCUGACCACUACAAACGAAGAAGCGUGUGUCUCAAUAAACUAGCGGGCAUCUUUGGACACCUCCCUCUCAAACUCACCAAGAUCAUUGUCAAAGAAAAUGUGAAAACAUAACUCUUUUUAUCAACAUCAAUUAAUUGAAUCAUUGUUCAUCAAGUACAAAUCAUCAGUACAAUUUGAA